CACAUUUAUAGCAUACUACCCCCCAAAGAAACACCCACCAUGGUAGACAGUCUGGUCAUCAACUUCCAUGAUCUACCUCAACAGCUGACCGUCUAAACUUGCAGCCCCUCCGGAGUUGCGGGCGGCUCGUAGUGUGUGUGGGGAAAGAGGGACUCGAAAGUAGGACAGAGCAGUCUGGCCCCCUUUCUCUUUCAGACCAGAGGCACAGAUCUGCGACAGGGUGAGAGAAGACUAGACUUCGGCCGAGAGAAAAAAGGCUUUCCGGGAGACUUGCCGCAGUCACUGAGGACACCGACCGGUGUGUACACACCGUGACACGGGUUUUGUUUUUUUCUACCGACCAGGGGAAGAAUAUUCACUGAACAGAAACCGUACACUUGGAGACAUGCACAAGCGCACCAAGAUUAAGGUCACCAUCUUUGUGCUGAUGGUGGGCAUGGCGUGCAUGUUCACGGCGGUGGUGACGGACCACUGGGCAGUGCUCAGCCCACACGUGGAGAAAUCCAACGCCACCUGCGAAGCGGCCCACUUCGGCCUGUGGCGGCUGUGCAAGAAGCACAUCUACAUCACGUCGGAAAACUAUGUGGAGGGGCAAAGAUGUGGCCCUAUCAGCCUUCCUGGAGAGGAAAACUGCACUUACUUCAGGCACUUCACUCCUGGGCAGGAUGCUGAGAUAUUUGAAUAUAAAACUCAAAAAGAGUACAACAUUUCAGCAGCGGCCAUCUCCAUCUUCAGUCUUGCCUUCAUCAUCCUCGGGACCCUGUGUUUGCUUGGAUCGUGUACUGGAAAAAGCAAAGGAAGAGACUACCUCCUCAAACCUGCCGGCAUGUUUUUUGCAUUUGCAGGUCUUUGUGCUUUCAUCUCGCUGGAGGUGAUGCGCCAGUCGGUCAAACGGAUGAUCGAGAGCGAGGACACCAUUUGGAUGCAGUACUACUACUCCUGGUCGUUCGCUUGUGCCUGCACCGGCUUUGUCCUCCUCUUUCUCUGCGGGUUCGCGCUCCUCAUCCUCUCCAUGCCCCAGAUGCCCAGGAAUCCCUGGGAGACGUGCAUGGACGCCGAGCAGGAUCAAGCCGAGUGACCGCUGGGAAAAGAAAAUUUAAGAAUCUUCUUGUUUUGACUACGAAUGUUAGAUCCCUUUUGAGAGCAAGUUUAUCUGAGAAUAAAGGUAACAAAAAGGGGAAAUAGCGUUUGUGGCUCCAUUACCUUCCCAACAGCAACUGAAUGAGCCUUUUGUGUGGGUUUACUUUGUUUGCCUUGUCCUGUAUGCACAACCAAAUAAUCACAGCUCUAAUCUGAUUUAUAGCCUAAAACACUUGAAUGCAUUAUAUUUGACCUCCUUUUAAUUUUUAAAACUUACCCCUUCCUUUGAACCGAUAAGACCUUUUGAAUAUUGCCGGGGUCUUACUUGGCCAUCCACGUGUCAUCAUCGUGCACGUUUUGUCUCAAACAAACGUUUUCGGUUUAAAUUUGGAACAGUAACAACCUGACAUGAGGUUGAACUGAUUUUAUAUAUAGCAUUAUGUAUGAUUGGUUUGUAUAUAACUAGCAGUCUUUAGUAUUUUCUAUGCUUUUGUUAAAAGGGAAUAAUCACAGGUUCAAUCUCAUUUGUCUACACUACCAGUCGAAGGUUGUGAAUAAAGUUUGUCCCGAUGUAUAACAAACUGAACAGGUCUAUGAUUUAUUGAAGGCCUUCCCAUUGAGGAUGUUGCAUUGCAUUAUGAAGCCAAAAAAAAGCACUGGAUUAAAGCUCACAAACCAGGCUGGAAAUGGUCGAUUUUCAGCCGGUGCGCUUCCAAAUCUCUUCAUUUUCACGCAACCUGAGCCACUGUGACUAACAUUUCAAACCCAUAAUGACCGUCUUGAUGUAAACAGUUGCAGUUUUAAAGAUGGAAAUCUUUGGGAUUACAGUUAAAUUUAAAAGCUGCAUCCACGAAGCUCUGCUAAUACACACCAUGUAGGUUCAGGUUGGUUUGAUGAAGCACAAAUUAUAAAUGUGGCCUAGGAGUCAAUCUGAUGUAACGACUUUGAAAAACUACAAAAAGCUGUGCCGUGCGAAAUGUAUAAUAAAUUGUGUUUUUACUUGGGUGUAAUUCUCAUGAAUGCCAUGGUGUCGUGUCAAACCACAGCAUGCCCAGAUUCUGUCAGAGGCAAAGCCGAAUACAAGUUAUUUUCAGUCAAAGAAACGUCUGGCCUUGGUUUCAUUCACCCAUCACUCACAAUCAAAAACAUUUUCAAAGGUUUUUAGCUACUACUAAUUCAUGCACUCAUUGUGCUUUCAGCGAGCCUUUUAAAGCAA